AUGGGAUGUGAGUUGACUACGGGGCUUUUGAUAUCGACGGAGGAGAGGAGUUGCGGUUUUGUGAUCAGGCGAGCGAGGAGAAAUCGACGACAGCAAAUGAAUAUAGACAGUGGUGGAAAGGGAUCAAGGCGAUUGAACGAAAGACGUAAGCUAAGACUCAAGCAAACUAAAAUGCAGCAGAGCACAGACACAAAAGCCGAAGCCCAGAGCCAACGACUGAGACAGGUGCAUGAGACAAGGACCAUCGUAAAAUUUCCAAGAGUCGGUGAAUAUAAAAAAGGCACGACAGAAAGAGACAACAGAACAGAGAAGGAUAUUGGCUAG